UAAGAAAGUUCGGCCCCGGAAGGGGCGGGCCUUGCGAAGAUGGCGGCGCAGGAUAUGCUGGAGUCAGACCUGCCAAAUGCUGUGACACUUUUGAAAAACCUACAGGAGCAGGUGAUGGCUGUAACUGCACAAGUGCAAACACUGACAAAAAAAGUCCAAGCCGGAGCCUAUCCUACGGAGAGGGGUCUCAGCUUCUUGGAAGUGAAAGAUCAGCUGCUGCUCAUGUACCUUAUGGAUUUGAGCCACCUUAUCCUGGACAAAGCCUCUGGAGGGUCUCUUAAGGGACAUGCUGCAGUUUUGAGACUGGUGGAGAUUCGCACGGUUUUGGAAAAGCUUCGUCCAUUGGACCAAAAACUGAAGUAUCAAAUUGACAAAUUGGUCAAGACUGCAGUGACAGGCAGCCUUAGUGAGAAUGAUCCACUUCGUUUUAAGCCUCAUCCCAGCAACAUGAUGAGCAAGUUGAGCUCUGAGGAUGAGGAAAAAGACGAAGCAGAGGAUGGCCAGUCUGAGGCUUCAGGGAAGAAAUCUGUAAAAGGAGUAUCUAAGAAAUAUGUUCCACCACGCUUGGUUCCAGUACAUUAUGACGAAACAGAAGCUGAGCGGGAGAAGAAGCGUCUAGAACGAGCCAAAAGACGGGCAUUGAGCAGCUCUGUCAUUCGUGAACUUAAGGAGCAGUACUCAGAUGCACCGGAGGAAAUCCGUGAUGCUCGGCAUCCUCAUGUUACUCGCCAGAGUCAGGAGGACCAACACAGGAUUAACUACGAGGAGAGCAUGAUGGUGCGUUUGAGUGUCAGUAAACGAGAGAAAGGACGACGGAAACGAGCAAAUGCCAUGAGCUCACAACUUCAUUCCCUCACGCACUUCAGUGACAUCAGUGCUUUGACAGGAGGGACUGCUCAUCUUGAUGAGGAUCACAAUCCUGUUAAGAAGCGGAAGAAGAUACCUAAGAAAGGUGGGAAGAAAAAAGGUGAGCGAACUGCUAGGACUUAGGUGAUCAAGUGCAAGGUGAGGAAUAUGAAUUGGGACUCAGGAUUUGCUUCUGUACUGGGCAAGAAUCUCCGUAGGUGGGCUUUUAUUUUUCUCCUUGCCUAAGCUGGAAAUCAGCAUCAUUGACACAAGGGAUCGUUGGAAUCCAUCUCUAUGGUCCCACAGCUCCUGUUAAGGCUUCCUUAAAUAGAACUAUGAAAGUGUCACUUGAAGGGCCCAUUAUCCCGUUUCAAUUUCAUUCUUCUAGUCUUACGUGCUGGGAAGGUAGAGAGUACUGCUUGGGACACCCACUUCUGUUGAGCCCUUCUCUCUAGAUGUCCUUUUUU